AUGCCGCCUCUGACAAAAUAUAUCUCCAAGCUUGCUGGAGCAAAUAUCUUCAUCAUUGGUGGGACUGCUGGUGUCGGUUACGCUGUCGCCGAAGUUGUUGUUGAACAUGGCGCUGCUUCAGUCGUUCUUUCGAGUUCCCACCUUGAUCGAGUUUCCGCCUCUACGAGUCAUAUCCAUCGAGUGGUUGCCACAUCGUCGGCUCUGUAUGCGACUUGA